CUGAUUAAGUUAUCUCGGAUCUCUUCUUGCAUUUGUUUUGGAUUUCUGUCAAGUAGUCUAGUAGCAUGGCUUUUACUAGCAGAACUGUUAACUUCGUCUGAUUGUUGAUCUAUGCCAUGAUUAGUCCAUGGAUUAGCUAGGGAAGGCCCAAUGUUUUACCUUGUUCUUGCUGCUGCUGGUAGAUCUUCUCACUGCAACGUGGGUUGCACUUGUGUGACCUGUGAGAGAGAUCAGCAGGCAGGAACUAAGAUUUCCAGUCUGAAAUCAGUUUCUCUUUUCAGUCAGAGGAAAAGCUUUCAAUCACUUCGCCUCCGGGUUUCAUGUGCUGCCAAACCAGAGACCGUUGAAAAGGUGUGUGAAAUAGUGAAGAAGCAGUUGGCAUUGCCCGAUGACUCCGCAAUCACUGGUGAAUCAAAGUUUUCUGCACUUGGAGCUGAUUCACUUGAUACGGUUGAAAUCGUGAUGGGGCUCGAGGAGGCAUUUGGGAUCAGCGUCGAGGAAGAGAACGCCCAGAAUAUCACUUCUGUCCAGGAUGCUGCAGAUAUGAUUGAAAAGCUGGUUGAGAGCAAAAGCGCUUGAUGAAAGGAGAAAUGGAAGAAAGUCUGCUCCAACUCCAGUUUUCCCCUUAUUACAAGAUAUUAUGAGUAGCCCACCCUGUUGUGAUGGAUUCAUAUAGUUUUCUUUUGUUUGUCUUUUUUCAUUCCAACUAUAAGUUGAUCUGGUAGAUCUUGAAAUAACUUUGUUAAUUUAGUUCUUGGAUUUUAUAGAUCACGGAUUCUCAAGAA